GAAACGCGGACCGAACUUACUGCAGAAACUUUCAAUAUCAGAUGCAUUUGAAAAUAGAUACUAAAAAUCGAUACAUAUUAACCCGUCCUCGAGCCCGCGCGCGCGCGCCAAACACCGCAUCUACGGCGAACAACCAAAACCCACAGAGAUAGAGAGUUAGAGGCGCUCCCUCGCAAAUCCACAUCCACUAUCGCCUAUCACCGGAGCUCGUCGAUACAAAGUUCCCGGAAUUAACCAAAACAGAUCGCUGUCAGCGCUGUUGCAAAUCGCUUGUUAUUGUUGUUGUUGUUGUUGAUGUUCUUGUACUGAUGAUGACGACGUCGGCGUUGUCUACUGUCUAUUAAUAUCGUCACAAGCAGAAGAAGUUUGGUGAACACAAUUGAUUUUUUUUUUGUUAGCCCUUAAGUCUGACUUGUUUUCGUUUUCGUUAAUUAUCUGUUAACUGCUGGUUGCGAUUGGUGGUAGAAAGUUUGCGCUAAAACUCGGAUUCAGAAAGAGAGAGGGAGAGAGGGAAAGACCAACAAUUGGAUUAUAUUUCAUCAACACCAAAUUAAACGUUUAUGUGCAUCUGUGUAUUUUUUACUUUUAUCAGAUUACCGGUUUGUUUGUAAGGCAUGUUGGAGAUGUGACAGCUUCCUGCGUGGAUUGUAUUUCGUUGUUUAGGACAAAACGAUAGACUGACAUUGAACAAUAAUUGGACAUAAUUACAUGAAUAUCCGGUUUGACAAGCGACAACAUAAGCGGUUCUCAGAAGAAUUGAUCGUUCAGAAAAACACAUAAAGAAUUGACAUUGCACUCUACAAAAGAAUUGCCUGUGGGGAAAUGAAGCACUUUGAAAACUGAAUCGAAGGUCGUCCCUCGAGAGCCUCAACCAUGUUGAACACCACCGCCGACUAUACGAAUGACGCCUCGUCGUCGGCCGUGGAGCCGGACAUCUCCGAAACGACCGUCACGGCGGUGAUCGGAAUCCUCUCGGUACUUUCCGUGUUCGGCACGUUCGGGAACGGCCUCGUGUUGUACGUAUUCAGCCACAAGGUGGACAAGGUCACGUCGACCAUCUUCAUCCUGGCCCUGGCCGGCACCGACUUCAUCACGUGCAUCCUCAUCAUCCCCUUUACCGUCGUCUACAUCGGCGUCAACAACUGGCUCAUGUACGACUUCCUCUGCAAGCUGUACCAGUUCCUCAUCACGUGCAACGUCCCUCUGUCCGCUUUUAUCAUGGUGGCCAUCGGGAUAGACCGGUACCUGUGCAUCUGUCACCCGUUCAAACACGCCAUGACGCCGCGGCGAGCCAACAUCGCUAUCUUUAGCCUUAGUAUGUUCGCCUUCCUGCUGGGGUCGAUGACGUCGCUCAUCUACAGCGUGUACGAGCCGAGGAACGUCGUGGCCAACGACACGAGCGAGGGUUUCGUCUACCAGACCGUGAGACCCUUCUACAACAACAACAACAACUACAACAACACCAUCAUAUCGGCAGGCUCGGGUCUUCACUUUCACACAUCCUCGGCGGACAACAGUUCCAUGGUGGUCAGUCCGAUAGCCGAGGAGACUAUUAACAAAUCUGAGCAGAUUCAGUACGUGUACACCGGAAAGUGUAACCACAACAACCGGUUGCUGAGUCAGAGCAUCAUAGAGAUUUACCAGAAGGUGUACGCUUCUUUCUUCCUAAUCGCAAUACUUAUAGUGUCCGUACUGUACGCCCUCAUCUACAGGUCAGUCAUCAAGCGGCGGAAGUGGCGAUUUCGCCAGAGGUCGAUGCGGCCGUCGUGCAAUGAGAAGACGGUGGACGUUUCCAAGGCGACGCACCUCGAGAACAAUGAGGAGGUGGAGCUGUGCACGAAAUCCGCCACGAACGGUCUCGAGAACGACCACGACGAACGCGCGAACCUCAAUCACUCGAAGAAGAUCUCGAAAAGCGAGCGGAAGGACUUCAACCGGCUCGCCAAUAUCCGGACGGCCGCCAUGUUGUUCGUGGUGAACGUCGUCUUUAUUCUGGCGUUUCUCCCGUCGUGGUUGAUGGCGCACCGCCUCAUUGACUUCAACAUGGUCGUCUUCUACAUGUAUUUUGUGUACAACGUGGCCAACCCUGUGAUCUAUGCGUUCAUGAACGUCGCCUUUCGAAAGGAGCUAAAGGCCGUCUUUACUAGAGGAAGCAAGUGUAUGCGAUGAUUAGAAAGAAAGAAAACAAACCAACAAAACAACAGUACACAAAGCAUGCAUAUGCUUAAGACAUCAAGGUACCCUCUGACGAAUCACGAGCUGGGUGGAACUUCGUUGUGUGGACAGAGGCAGUAGUAAAAAUACGCAAUCUCUAUCUACCAGCUGGAUUAAAUCAACGGCUGACAAUUGGGGUCCGUAUGCAUGGGUACCGGCUAUUUCUCGUUCAUGCUAGUACUCCACAACUGGUAUAUCAAAAGUCGUUGUGUGUACUUUCCUCUCUGUGGGAUACUGCAUAUAAGAUAUCCCUUGUUGCUAAUCGAAAAGAGUAGCCCAU